AUGCGAGACUUAACAGAUGCCAAGAAGAACAAGAGACCUUGGACACGAAUUGUUCACUCUUCAAUUCCCAAAGCCAUAACCUAUUCGUUUAAUCCAAAUGUAAAUAAAGCAGAUUGGUGUAUUACUGGCAGAGUCCAGCACAAUGGACCAUCAGUUCAUGAGCUGCAGAUUGCAGAAUGCAGAAU